AUGGUGAAUCUGGAGCUAGAGCUUAACCUAAACUCCGCAAGUGACCUUGAGAUUGUUAACCACGUCACAAAGAUGGACGUUUACGUCGUCAUAACCCUUCACGGCCACAAAACCCUAAAGAAACACAAGGAGAAAACCGCCGUGGAUCACUCCGGCGGCCGACUUGGAAUCACGCCGUUCCGUUUACUUGAUCUCUUGCGUUCAUAUACGCCGUCAACUAACGGUAACGGCGAUGGGAUGAGGUUUGUGACGUAUCCCGUGAGAACUCCGUCGGAGACAAUGAAAGGUUGUUUGAGUUUCUCGUACCGGUUCAAUGGAUCACUGGUUAACUCCGCUCAGGCUUACUACGAGAUGCCAACGGGGGCUCCACCGAGUCAAUAUGGAGUAUGGACCGUAUGGUCAUAUGGAGGCGCCGCCGCCUGUAUACGGUGA